UACGUUUAGAAGCAAGAAAUCAUGGUAGCUACCAAUCGAGUUCGAGAUAUCGAUAUCGAUAGACCGAGCCAUACCGAACAGUUAGCUAAUUGGAUCAGCAGAGUCCGCUGCAAGAAGUUAAUGUGUCGCCGAAGUCGCAAACGCGAUUUACGCGUUGAAGCAGUGCUUACUUGUGCACUUUUUAAAGCCGAACAUGAAUUGCGCAGUAAACAGUUAUCUCGCAUUUCAAAAUGGCAGCAAUUUAAAAAGCAAUUUUUGAAAGACACAGACUAUUCGAAUUGUCACUUUUAUAACAGCAAAGAUCUGAAGAACUCAAAAUCCUGUGAGGAGAACAAUCCAUGGCAAGGCCCUUUAUGUCCCGAAUUGAGCAGUUUGGACAAUUUCAUGUCGAAAUUGGGUGAGAUCAAGGUACCAUUGCAGCGGUGAAGAGACUUGAAAAACAGGCGACCGGGUCUGAAAAACCUAGGAACGCGAUGGAAUCAAUUACAGAAGACGAUAACUUCGUUGUCAGUGUUUUGUCAAUUAAACAUUGACUUUAACAGAGCACAGCCAUGAAGGAGUUUCGAAUGAUACAGUACCGCAUCGCGUUGGUACUGUGGGACUAGAAGUCACAUUACUAUCCUGGUGUAUAUCUGGAUAUUUUUUACUUGCAGUCUCGCCGUUUGAGAUGGCAAUGGGACGGGCGGAGGGAGUUGCUGUUUGCAGUGAUGCUGGGUGUACAUGCAGAAAGGGGGAUCCCAAUGUUCUAAUCUACGCCUUUCAUCGGUUUGGUUUGUAAACUGUAUCGGAACAAAUGCAUUUCCUUUUGCAACUUUCUGUAAUAAUGUUGUUUGACCUCGUAAAAAACCAUUCAAAGAGCGUUUGAUCAAUUGUUUAUUUUUUCAGAAAUACAGCGACUUACAUAAAACAUGUAUUUGUAUCGUGUAAUUCUAGAAGUUUGUACAGUACAUUUUAGAUACUAUAUAGAUUAAUAAUAGAGCUUUGUUCAAAGGAUUUGUUAUAUCGUGCCAAACGUUAAUCGAAAUUUUUUUUGUAACAAUUGUGAUAUAGCCGAAGAGGAGCCAAAGAAUUAAAAUAAUAAAUGUUGAAAAAAAAAAAUCGACAAUUUUUUCUAUAAUCACUUAAAUCAUCACCAUUAUUAAUGCCAAAAAUCCUUUUCAGUCUGGCAUACACCUUACAAAAUUCUAUCACACGCAAGAGAUCGGUGCACAUAUCCAAGCUGUUGGUCAUCAGCGAUGCGGUUCGGUCUGUCUGUAUGUGAGAUCAGGAGUGGUGAGAGGUGGUAUGGGAUAAGGAAAAAGGGGGCAAUCAUCUUUGUUCUUAGAAAUACUUACCUGAAGUUUGGUGACUGAGUUGCACAAUGCUGAAGUAAUAUGCACAAGUACUACCUUCAUUCUGUGCUUCUCUCUUGAGAAUCCAACCGUUGACUAAGUCUUGAAAUCAUCUGGGUUGCGGUUGAACAUAGGCAUACCAUGACAAACUGCAGCACACUCGAGCAAAUCCUGUUUGGUGAGCUAAUCCCUUUUAUCCGUUACCUGUGCAAAUAUGUUUUCUCAGGUCCAGAAGGUUUUACAAUACCUACUACCAAGUUAUACGAGUUCUACUCAUUGACCCGUGUACCAUGCGAAGUCGACUAAACUGUGGACACAUCCGAAGAACUGUUAUAAUAGCCCUGUUUGAAUUAGGAAUAAGAGUCCUGAGGUAUGGAAUAAUUCGAUGCAUGUCUCUUGAACCUAGAUGAUCCAGAAAGGCCAAGUACUGCAAGUAGCAUCAUUUAAUUUUUAUAAGGGCAUGCAUAUAUAUAUUUAUAUGAAAGGGCUCAAUGUUGAUACUUUUGAAUCUCUAUCAUUACGCUGAACAUGUAUUUUGCGUCAAUCUGCUGCCGAAUGGAUUACAUUCACUAAUGUAUUUAGUAUUGCUGCAUUAUUCCUCAUAUGCCAAAGCAAGGAAAAGACAUCUUCGUAAUAUACGUUCUAUAUUAUUGAACAAAAUUUCUGAUGAGGUGUAUGGUUAAAAGUUGGGCAAGCAAGGCAUAGAAACGGCGGUUCAUAUGUUAUAGAUAUAAAAUGCAGAAAAGUAUAUUUAUGGUUAUAAUUUGAAAUCAGGGUAUUUUGAAAAUUCAACAAUAGCGUGAAGUAUAUACAAAUAAGCAUCAAUUAAUUCUUAAGUAUAUGUAAAAUGUUUACCAUUGUCAUGAAAUGGAAUUACGUGAUAUUUUUAAUUUGAAGGAAGUAUCGUUAUCACGGAUAACUGAGAAUAGUCGUGGAACUGGCAGGUGGAAGUUACUUUAUUAAGGGUGGUGUAUUUAUGUGAACGGCCCAAUGGUGGUUUCAAGUUGGCUUAAAGGAAUUCGAUUUCUUUAUAAGUUAGAAAACGUGGUAUCAAACGUAUCUUCAUAAAUAUUAUUUUGAAAUGUUGCUUUUCCAAAAAGAUUGUUCGGGUGUUUUUGUUUUAUACUGCAGGAGUGGCUGGAAAGGUAAAUGUGGUGUAUAAGCGACCAUGGCAGGCAAACAGUCCUGUUGCUGGAGCGCGUCACGUUCAUGUUGAUCGAAGGUAUAUGCUGUAUUUUAUGUAGAAUAUUGUAGAAAGUGGGUUGGAAGAGAUGGACGGGGGGUGGGGGUGGGGUAGAGUACAUGUUAUGUUUCAGCUAGAAAAUGAGCUAGAGAACGCGUUUAAUCAACUAUAUGCUUCACGAUCUUGACCUACACAUUACAUAAAUUCUGACUGGAUCCUGAAAUAGUUCCUACUGAAAACUGAUGAAAUACUUGAUUUAAAUGUAGACUACACUUUUAAGUAAAGGCAGUAUGAAAAAAGGUAACAGCAUAAUCGCAAGCAGUUAAAAUUGUAAACCUUAUAUACGUAUAAGUAGUAGGGGGAUAUGGGAGAUGGGGUGUGCAAUCUUGUAUUGUGAGCUACAGGGUUGAUGCUGUUGCUACCCUUAUCUGCGAUGGAUGAAAUCGGAAACGGAAUUCCUUGAUAAUGGAUGGAUGCACCUAAGCCGAUCGUUCUAUGUUUAGUAGCAGAAAUUGAUUCUACAGUUUCAGUAAUUCGAAGCAGACAGCCCACACACGAUAGUCCAAUAAGCAUGGUGUAAUUGUAAGUUUUCCUGCAUUUAAUUCAAUUCGGCUGUUGAAGGAUUUGGAGAUGUUCAACGAAACAUUAAUUGAGGAAAGAAGAGGAUGAGAAGAAUAUGUUCUGUACAGAAACGUAUUUCCGUUUUGGUUAUAGUGUUAUCUUCGAUAAGAUAUAUUUUAGAUCGACGAGGGGUGAUCCAUUCCAGCAUGAAUAACCUAUCGAUGAAUUCUUAAAUGUAUUUUGGAGAUGCAUUUUAUGUAUAACAGUUUUAAUAGAACUCGUGUGACUACGUAUUAUGAGAGAAGUACUUGGAGAAAUUGGGGAGGGCUGCAAAACAAUCUUCUACAUUUUCUUCACAGAAAAAGAAAUAAACAGUUGGCCAAAUAUUUGAAGCCAUCUCAUUGCAAAAUAGAAGUACAGUGGCGUUAAAUUAGACUGCACGCAACAUAUGCACUUACUAAACUAGUCUUCUUCAAAUUUAUCGAUAACGGACUGAUCAUAAUAUCUUGAGUAUCUUUGGUGGAUUUGUGAUUUUUGCUUCAGGAAUGUCAAGAAAAUUUCAUGAAUGAAAUCGGACUGUACUGCAAUUUUAUAGGGGAGAAUCCUUGUAUAUCGAAGUACAUUUGUAUGUAUGUAUGUAUAUAUUAUUUUUAAAAAUAUUAUUUUUAUCACGUUACUAGGAGUGAGGAAAUUUAUGCUAAAUAGCAAUAUUUUGAAAAGCAAUAACUCUAAAAAAUUUGAGGUAUACAUAUUUAGAAGUUUAUAUAAAACAUUAGCCUCUGUGGCCACAUGAAGAUGAGAAAAAUCAAAUCAACCGUCGCCAUUGGAUUUUUAUCGCAUUAUAGUAAGUAACAGUUCGAUUAGGUUUUGAUAUUAAUCGUAAUAUAUUUGCCGAGUUUGAAAUUUAAUUAUAUCUAUAAAUUGAAAUUACAAAUCUAUCUAUGAAAUAUUUCAUGUUUUGAAAUUGACAGUGAGUGUUCACAUAGUGAGUUAUGUUCAAAAUAAUUUGUUGUACUCUGCAAAAGAUGUUCCAUCAGAAGAACUUGAUACAAACAACUGAUUAUGAUAAUUGGAGCUUCAUUGAAAGAAAAAUUUUUGAUAAAGUUUGGUUUUAAAUGAAAUUAUUGGUUUAUUUUAAAAUUGAGUUAUAAUGUGCUAAAAGUGUUGAAAGUUACAAAAUAUGAAUUAAGUUUGUGAUUAUGUGGAAAUGUGAAAUGUUUGAGGAUGUUAUAACGAUUUUAAUAAUGGUUUAAAAACUAAGUAAAAAAAAUGAUUUAUAUACAUACAUAUGUAUCAGAUAAUCUAAGAACAUAUUACGAACAGUAUUAUAAGGUUUUUAGUGAGUGAAAAGAAGUUAGUUUUAUCAAAGACGUCGAAUUUUCAGAAGUGAUCAGAAGAGUAAAAGCAGUUUGUGAUUUAGCAGUUAGUAUUUUCUAAUCGUUCUAUUAUAGUUUUGACCACUUAUUCAUUUUUGUUCUAGGUCCUUAAUUUAAAAAUUUAGAAUUUUAUAUAGUUUGUGCUUGUGUAAUUUAAUGUAUGAUUGCAGACUUGACUUACCAUUUUAAGAAAAACAUAAUAGAAUGAAAUGGGUUAGGCCAGAAAAAUUUGCUACUAAUUGUUUGUUAAGUAGGUAUAUUUGAAAGAAAUUAAGUUGACAUAAAAGAGGCAGUUGGAAAAUUGAAACUAAUAUGUUUCAUAAGAAUAUUCCUAUGCAAAUGCGCACAUCUGUAUAAUGUUGUAAUAUCUUUCUGCCAUGGAAAAGAUAAUGCAAGUAUAAAGCUCCUAAAGUUCAAUUUUAACAAAUGGGAAUCUGUACUCAGAUAAGUUAAACACAAUGUGACAUUUUUAGGAUUUACACAUUACAUAAAUUACACAAUUGUUUCAUGUGGAGUAGUUAGUAAGUCUAUAUUUUUUCAUGUUUCAUGUUUCCCUUUUGGAAAAAGUUAAUCAGAUGUUUUAGAAAUUGAUCAUGAAUUCGUGCUAACUAAAAAAUGAAAAUACACGUCACCCUGGAGAAGUAUAAAUACGAAAGCAAUUUUGAUCUCGAUUCAUUGUCACGAAAUAUGGUUUUCUGACUCGUUGGCAAUUUUGUGGAUGUUCAGUAACUGGAAAAUCGAAUGAAAUUGUCGAAUCUUUUUGUGGGUUUUCUUCUAUUUUCGGAUGAAAAAAUCGAAGGGCAGAUUAUGAAGUUUGAAAUGGAUGGAGAAUUUGAUGCUACAACUCGCAAAUUUAAAUCAGCUACAUCUGCGUUGAUCGUUAUUCUAUUCUCUGAUGGCAAUACGAGUUCAAAAAGGGGAGAGCUGUUGCAUUUUCACUUGGAUUUUUCAAAGGAUUUAUUGAAUAGGCAUUUUGAGAUAGGGGACAACAUAUGAUGCAGAGUUCCAGCAGAAACGCCUUCUUUUUUUAUUAAAAAAAAAUUUGUUUUCUGGAUGCUGACAUUCUAGUAUGUUUCAUCGAAUGUUAUCUAACAGUAUAUUUUUUUCAAAUUUAAUCAAGAGCUAUUUUCUUAUUUGAAAAAUGUUCAUGAAUAUAUUAGAAGUGCCAAACGUUUGAUCUUCUUCAUGGUAUAAAAGAAAUACAAAUAGUAUUUCUAAUAUUAUUAAUAUUGCUUCGAGAAAUCGUUUACAUCGUGAUGUCAAUUGUGUGUUCAAAAAUAAUCAGAAAUGCAAAUGGGAAAAAGUUUCAAAUAUAUUGCAGAAUUUAACUGUUUAGAUAUUUGAUACUUUUGCAACGUUGAAAAAUGAUAAUGAAAAAUGUUACAUAUGAAUUUUGAACAGAGUUUUUGGAAAUUAUGGUUGUAACAAAAUCGCAUUAGAAUUAUUGAAAAAACCUGCUACGAAGAAUUGAAAUCGGAAAAAUUAUAGGAAUUUGUAUUAAAAGCAUUUUUUUUUGGAACAAUGUGAAACGCAUAUUCAUGAAGUGUAAAGGAAAAAGUAUUAAGCUAAUAGUACUAAUCUAGUUGAACUAGAUUUUAUUAAGUAUAAAAAUGAGUUACAACCUUGAAUUUCUUCUCGCGAAGAAUCAACGGAAUUACGUUAAACGACAAAAAAAAAUCAUAGAUUGAAGAAGAAAAUGCUAAUGCGAAACAUUUUAUGGGUAAAAAAAAA